UAUACAUCCGUGUUUGCCGAACAAUCGUAUCGUUUUAAUUGACAGACAUUCCAUAAUUAUGAGAUUAUUUUCUCUCGUGAUUAUUUAAUCAAAGUAUUGUUGUAUCCGUUUGUUCAGAGUAGACAUGGUUGUCGUUUAUGGGAGAUAUCAUAUCGGUUCAUAUAGCUAGUUAUGAUUAAAGCAAAUGACGAGCUUUAAUUAGUUGCGUUUUAGCGUGUAUCUAGCGUGGUUCAAAAGAUAAAUAAAACGUCGUUCAUACAGAAUUGCAAAAAGAAACCGAUCAUGAUUAUAUUAAAAGUUUUCGUCCUUUGCUCGAUCCAUCCCCUCGUCAACGGGGUGGGUUUUCGCGGAUUCACUUUUCGAGGUUUAGAGGACCCAGAGCCGUUUACAAAAGAUGCAGGCAAAGAUAUAGUUGAGGGUUGGAUCACUCAACCCCUUGAUCAUUUCAACCAUCGUGAAAAUCGCACAUGGUCAAUGCGUUAUAAAGAAAAUUCCGCGUUUCUAAAAAAUGGUGGUCCAAUUCUGAUCAUGAUCGGUGGAGAAUGGCAGAUAACAGACGGGUAUUUACAAGGUGGAUUGAUGUACGAAAUUGGCGUUAAAUACGGCGGUUUGAUGUAUUACACCGAACAUCGAUUUUAUGGACAGAGUAAGCCAACAAAAGACAUCAGUUCGGAGAACUUGCAGUACUUGAACGCUGAUCAGGGGCUCGCUGAUCUCGCUUAUUUCAUCGAAACGAAGAAGAAGGAAAAAAAUUUAGAAAACAGUACCGUAAUAGUAGUCGGUGGAUCUUACGCUGGAAACAUGGCGGCAUGGGCACGCCUUAAAUAUCCUCAUCUUAUCCAAGGUGCUUUAGCUAGCAGUGCUCCGGUUAAGGCAAAAGCUGAUUUCUAUGAAUACUACGAGUUCGUAGCGAAAUCGCUCGGCAGACACAGUAAAAAAUGCGUUGAGAAUGUCAAAAUUGCAUUUGCAUCAGUAGAGGAAUUAUUGGCCAAGCAAUGUGGUGCAAUUGAGCUUAAAUAUCUCUUCAACUUAUGCGAGCCGCCUGACAUAAAUUCUUCUAGUGAUCUUGGUUAUUUUACGAAUAUGCUAUCGGAGGUGUUUGCCGAAACCGUUCAAUAUGAUGAAAUUGUAAAUGGUGAGACAAAAAUUGCGACAUUAUGUCAUAAUAUGACGGCGAAGCAUUUAGGCAGUCCCCUACAGAGACUCGCGCACGUCUUUUUGACGUAUCAGGAUAAUCAGGAUGAUCAGGAUGAUCAAGAUGAAUGUGUCGAUGUAAGUUAUAAUAAUUUUGUGAAAAAAUAUCGGGAGGUUUCGUGGGAUUCAUCAGCAGCCACGAGUAUCAUAAGACAAUGGUAUCAUCAAACCUGCACGGAAUACGGUUACUACCAGACAACCUCAGAUAAAUCAAUCUUUGGCACGUUGUUUCCGUUAGAUUACUACGUCAACCUAUGUAUCGAUUUGUACGGCGAUUAUAUAAAUGGAAAAUGGUUGGAUUCACGGGUGAAAAGGACAAAUAUAAUGUACGGUGGACAGGUACCGGAUUUACGAAAUGUUAUUUUUACAAAUGGCAAUAUCGAUCCAUGGCAUUCGUUAUCGGUGCUCCACGAUUUGAACGCUUUUUCACCUGCUAUUUUCAUUAAUGGAUCUUCGCACUGCCAGGAUUUGCUAAGCGACGUAAAAACUGAUCCCGACGACUUGAAGAAAGCUAGAGUAAAAAUUCGUAGCAUAAUUGGCAAAUGGAUUUCCUCGUGAAAGUCCCUGUCAACUUUCCUGUGAACGUGCCUGCUGUCCAUUUUUAGGACAGACACCGAAUAAACGGAAUCACAUAUUUUCUAUUGUAAUUAUAAAAUAUUAAUGAAAAAUUACAACGCUUUAUAUAUAUUUCUAGUGCAGUUCUAAAAAAAUAUACAUAUAAGUUAUUAUUAAAUUGCAUAUCGUUACUUACAUAAUAAUAUAAAAAUAAAAUUUCAUUUUUUAUUACUAGAGUUAAUUUAAAAUGUUGUAAUUUCCAAUUAUGUUGUUUCCAAUAUAAAAUUUGCAUUUUAUCUCAAAUGUAUAAAUCCGAUGAAAACGACAACUUUAUCAUAAAAUUUCAAUAAAAAUCAAAUCUGCUUCUA